AUGGCUGUCAAUCAUGCUGUCACUAGUUCUAUGCAGAAGCGACUUGCUAACGAUCCAAUGCUGGUGUUGAAUAAAAUGGCUUCACAGAAUGGAUCCGUUAACCUGGGUUUGGGAUUUCCAAACUUUCCACCACCGAACAACAUCGCCCAGGCGCUAAGUGACGCGGCAACAGGACAAAACCACAUGUUACACCAUUACACUAGGCCGUAUGGUCAUCCUCGUCUGGUGAAUGUCCUGGCUAAGUUGUACUCUAAGCUUCUGUCAAUCACACUGGAACCAACUGACCACAUACUGACAACCAUUGGAGCAUUCCAAGGUUUAUCAUCUAUCUGUCAGAGCCUCAUUUAUCCCGGGGAUGAGGUGAUUUUGCUGGAGCCGUUCUAUUCCCCAUACAAAAACAUGUUGGAAAUGCGUGGUGCUGUGCCAGUCUAUGUCCCACUGCGACCGUAUAAAGAUGGUGGCGAACAGAGCAGUGCUAAUUGGGUGUUCGAUAAGGCAGAACUGCAAAACGCUGUUACAAGCAAAACAAAGGCCAUUUUUCUGAAUACGCCUAUGAACCCAUUAGGCAAAGUUUUUGACAAGGAAGAACUGCACGAAAUUUCCGAACUUUGUGUGAAACACAACCUACUUUGUGUAGCUGACGAGGUUUAUGAAUGGCUGAUAUAUGGUGGAAAACAACACAUACGAAUAGCGAGUUUUCCUAAUAUGUGGCAGCGCACAAUUACCAUUGGAAGUGCUGGUAAGAGUUUCAGUGUAACUGGCUGGAAGGUAGGCUGGUGUAUUGGUCCGAAACACUUGAUACAAGUUCUCCAAAAUUACCACUUCUCCGCCAUUCGUACAAGUCCCACUCUUACACAGGAAGCUGUAGCUGUUGCUAUGGAGAAGGAGAUGCUCGUGUUGAACACACCCGCGUCCUAUUUCCAGACGUUAUCUAACGAAAUGGAAGGGAAAAGAAACAGACUAUGUAAAUAUCUCAACAAAGCUGGUUUCCAGGCCAUCACACCAGACGGGGGUUACUACAUCAUAGCGGAUAUAUCCAAUAUACUAGCGCAUGCCGUGGAAAAGGACAAAAUAUCCGAGGAGGCAUUAGAUUACAGAUUUGCCAAGUGGGCAGUGACAGAAAAGAAACUCUGUGUGCUGCCAAUGUCGAUCUUCUAUUCCGAGGCUCACCGCUACCUAUGUGAGAAAUAUGUGCGGAUUUGCUUCGUGAAGACUGAUGAAACACUGGAGAAGGCAAAAGAAAUACUUGAUGAAUGGAAACAAAGUUGA